AACAAGAAUUAGAUUGGAUUAUGUAAAGAAAGUAAUAUAAUAUCAUUAUAGAUACAUAUUACAUUACUACUUUACUCAAUCACAUUAUUAUAGUAAUCAUUAGUUACAUUAGUAUUUAUUAAGAUGACACAGAAAUCAUUUGCGAAAGGCUCAGCCUUUCCACCACUCAAGCCUGGAUUGCUACGUCUGUAUAGUAUGAGAUUCUGCCCAUAUGCUCAAAGAACUCGUUUGGUUCUAGCUCACAAAAAUAUUCCUUAUGAAACAAUUAAUGUAAAUCUGGUAGAUAAACCUGAAUGGUUUUUUGAAAAGAAUCCACUGGGUCUAGUUCCAACAUUGGAGCUAGAUGACAAAAUUAUCUAUGAGUCAACAGCUACUUGUGAAUGGUUGGAUGAUGUAUACACACAGAACAGACUUCAACCCACUGAUCCUUAUGUUAAAGCCUGGGACAGGAUUCUUUUAGAAUAUUUCGGAAAGGUGGCUACAGCUUUUUACAGUUAUCUCAGAAAGCCUGACGAGAGAGAAAAACUGCUAGAAGAAUUUCAGAAAUAUUUUCAGUUUUAUAAUGAUAUUCUUGCCAAACGAGGUGGUCCUCUAUUUGGAGGUGAAAAGCCUUCGAUGAUCGAUUUCUACCUGUGGCCACAUUUUGAACGAGUCCCAGUUCUGCAAACAAUAGACUCAAGGCUGGAAAUGGACAAAUGCAAGUUUCCAAGUUUGGUGGCCUGGUUCGAGUCCAUGCUUCAAGUACCAGCUGUGAAAGCCACUAAGUGGGAUGUGGAUUUCCACUUGCGUUAUUAUAAUUCAUCUUUAACUGGCAAACCAGAUUAUGACAUGGGCCUUGAGGAGUAAAUAGUGCAAUAAAGACUAGUCUUAAAAUACCAAAUUAGAUCUGAUGAUUUGAUAAAAAUUCCAAUACAAAUGUGUAUGUAUAAAUUGAAAAAGUAUAUAUUAUUCCUGAUAAAUAUAUUGCAUUAUUAAUGGUCAAUCUUGUACUUGAAGCAUUUUUUGUUUGUUUAUUAGGUUUAUUUUCUUAAGAAAUUUUUGACCAAUUUAUUUGGUAAUGUGUAUUAUUUAAUUGUGACAGCUUAAAAGAUUGAAUUAGAAUGUAGUAGUGUUUUAUAAAAAUAAGUGGAAAAUACUAACAGUGAUUAUUGUAAACACUUUUAUGGCAUGGUAACAUUCUGCAUCUCAAGACUCCUGAAAAUAUGUUACAUAAAAUGUCUGACAACUUUAGUCAGUAGGCAUAUUUGCUUCAUCUGUUUGUAACUACAUGAGCUGCGAAAAAUUGGAAAAUAUGGAUAGUAUAUUUAAUUUUAUAUACUGAAUCAUCAGUACAAUACCAUAAUAGUUGUUGAUGUUGAGAUAUAAAUAAAAAUGUUUUGAUUACUUAACUAUACAUUAUUGUUGCCCAAAGUUCCUGUUGAAUGUAAAAUUGAUAAAUACAAUAUACUGUACCAUU